AUGGAGUGCACCAAUGUAUCCAAGGUGACCCACUUCGUCCUUGUGGGGUUCCCAUACCCACCAGAGCUGCAGCUGCCCUUGUUCUUCUUCUUCCUCCUCAUCUACUUGCUGACAUUGGGUGGGAACCUUCUCAUUCUCCUGACAGUGGCUAAUGAAUCACGGCUGCACAAGCCCAUGUACUGGUUCCUCUGCCACUUGUCCUUCCUGGACAUGACAGUCUCCUCUGUGGUGGUGCCCAAGGUGAUUUCUGGCUUCAUGGAGGGUGGCAAGGCUAUCUCCUUUGGUGGUUGUGUGGCACAGCUCUUCUUCUUCCAUUUUCUGGGCUGCACAGAGUGCUUCCUCUACACGGUCAUGGCCUAUGACCGCUUCCUGGCCAUCUGCAAGCCACUGAACUAUGGCACCAUCAUGAACCGCCGUGCCUGCCUGGGACUGGCCAUAGGAACCUGGCUGGGUGGCUCCCUGCAUUCAGCCAUACAAACCACACUUACCUUCCACUUGCCCUAUGCCCGGGGAAGCCAGGUAGACUAUAUCUUCUGUGAUAUCCCAGAUGUGCUGAAACUGGCCUGUAAGGACACUGCUUUCAAUGAGAUGGUGACAUUUGUGGACAUUGGCUUCCUGGCUAUGACCUGUUUCCUGUUGAUCCUGAUGUCCUAUGUGUACAUAAUCUCAGCUAUCCUGAAGAUCCGCUCUGCUGAGGGCCGACACCGGGCCUUCUCCACCUGUGCAGCUCACAUCACUGUGGUUGUGACUUACUACGUGCCUUUGGUCUUUAUCUACCUGAGGCCAGGGUCCCGGCAUCCACUGGAUGGGAUUGUGGCCAUCUUCUACACCACAGUGACUCCACUCCUCAACCCUGUUGUCUACACACUAAGGAAUAAAGAGAUGAAAGCUGCCCUGAUAAAACUUGGAAGCAGAAGGCUGUAA